AUGGAGUACCGCAACAAAUUCGUUCUCGCUCCCAUGGUUCGCGUUGGCACUCUCCCAUUUAGAUUACUCGCUGCUCAAUAUGGUGCAGAUAUCACUUACGGGGAGGAAAUCAUUGAUCAUAAAAUGCUCAAGUGCGAGCGCCGAAUCAACGAACUCCUUGGAUCCACUGAUUUUGUGGAGAAGGGGACAAAUAGUGUUGUGUUUAGAACCUGUGAUGAAGAAAAAGAUAGGGUUGUAUUUCAAAUAGGCACAUCUGAUGCUGUGAGGGCCCUAAUUGCUGCUCAGCUAGUGUGUAAUGAUGUUGCUGCUAUAGAUAUUAACAUGGGUUGCCCAAAGGCUUUUUCUGUGAGUGGUGGGAUGGGUGCUGCGCUGUUGUCCAAACCAGAGCUUAUUCAUGAUAUCUUAACAACAUUAAGGAGGAAUUUGAACACACCAGUCACUUGUAAGAUUCGACUUCUAAAAUCACCACAUGAUACCGUGGAAUUAGCCAGAAGAAUUGAGAAAACUGGUGUUUCUGCUCUUGCAGUCCAUGGAAGGAAAGUUGCAGAUAGGCCGAGAGAUCCUGCUAAGUGGAAUGAAAUCGCUGAUGUUGUGUCAGCACUAUCUAUUCCAGUUAUAGCAAAUGGCGAUGUUUUUGAGUAUGAUGAUUUUGAACGCAUUAAAUCAGCCACAGGUGCCUCAUCAGUGAUGGUUGCCAGAGGAGCGCUUUGGAAUGCUUCAAUAUUUUCGCCCGAAGGCAAAGUUUCUUAUGAAGAUGUGAAAAGAGAAUAUAUUAGGAAGUGCAUCUUAUGGGAUAAUGAUAUAAAAAGCACCAAGCAUACAGUAAAGGAAAUGAUAAUACAUUAUUCUUGCCUAGAAUUGGCUGAAGGGAAGGCUGUGAACAAAUCAGACUCCACGGCUGAUCUAGCAUUCAGGCUUAAAAUGUUAAAUCCGAAUCAAGUGUAUGAUGUACGCUUUGACGUGUUGUCAACCAAAUACUCUUGGGGUAAAACUGAAAUUCUUGGGUGGGUUGAAGUGGCCAUAGAAGUGGCAUUGAAAUUGGAGUUGUUUUGUUCAGCAGAGAAUGGGGUGCAGAGCAAUUCCAACAAAGCGAGUGCAACAACUCGCACUUCUAUCCAUCACAACCAUAAGUGA